AGAGGGAUGAGGAAAAACAUAGAAAAAAAUGUUGCUACGCCAAACACAAAAAUUAUUACAUCUCACAAAUCACCUGAAAAAAGUGAGUUUUCUCCAGAGAAAUGUGAUCAGUUUGUGCCACAGAUCUCUUCCGAAGGUGCCUAUUCAGAUUCCACAAAAUACCUCAAUUGGCAUCCUUCCAGUUCGGUGGAAAUACACGGGAAAAGGAAAAGAAUUCAGCACACAAGAUGAGGACUCUGACAGUGAUGCUGAUGAUCUCGCGGAACUCAAGGAGAAGGGCACCAACCUAAUUAAAUGCUCAGUGACCUCAAUGAGAGCGGAUUUACUCAUAAAAAAUGGCUUAGGAUUAGCUAGAAACAAAGUCGAAUUAAAGUUCUACGAAGGAAAAAUUCGUGUAAAUGGCAAAAAGAUCCCGAAGAAAAGUUUCCACGUGAAUGUUGGGGAUGAGAUUGAUUUGAUCAAAAACGUAAGUCCAACAAAUCCUGAUCAUCUAGUUAUUGGCAGAAUAGAAAUUGUUGGUGUAACACCAAAGGAAGAAACCAUUUCGGUCCUCCUGAGGCGCUACAAGACGCUAAUAGUGGAGAAUUAUGAAGAGAGAAAUGCCUACAAAGAAUCCGAAGCAUAACAAAGUUUUCUUAAUAAGCUAAAUAGAUGGGAAAAUUUAUUUAGAAA